UUCAAACGUGGACAGACAAGGACGGCGAGGAAGGCAUGAAAGAGAUCUACGUGAAGGGCGACACGACUCGAUCGUUGGUGUCCAAGUUCAUGCCGCACUCGAAGAACUAUGCCAGGGUGCUCGUCUACAACUCUCAGUACAACGGACCGCCCAGCGACAUUCUCAGCUUCGACACGCCCGAAGGAGUGCCAGGCACAGUGCAAUCGCUGGAGGCGGUGCCCAUGGGUUCGUCGGCGCUCUACCUGGUGUGGAAGAAGCCCGAACAGCCAAACGGCAUACUGACCGGCUACAAAAUUUACUAUCAGACGGUGAAGGGUACCAAGGUGGGGAUUCUGAACGAACGCAACCCGGCAAUAUCCGAUCCAAGGCAGACGCGGGCCAAGCUGGCCGGCCUCGAGUCGGGCACCAAGUAUCGCAUUCAUAUCAAGGCCACUACUCAGGCUGGCGAGGGUGAAGGGUAUUUCAUCGAGCAACGCACCCGUGCCUCGCAGUCAGCGCCGCCCGACAUUCCUCGCUUCACGUGGGCUCGCCUGCCCUCCGACAACGGCUAUGCCAAGAUCAAGGUGGUCUGGCAGCCUAACCUAGAAGGCAAGCCCGGAUCGCAUUUCUUCGUCAAGUACAAGUUGAAAGACGAAACGAUGUAUUCGGAGUCUGCCAAUACACUGGACGAGGACUACACAAUCAUCAGGUCUCUGAAGCCGGGUGAAACCUAUGAGUUCCGAGUGGUGGCGGUGGACGGGGAAUACAUGACUGAGUCAGAACCAGAGGAGAUUGACACCUACACUGUCGACGGGCCAAUAAUCCAGCCGAAAGAGAACGUGGCAACAGCGGGCUGGUUCAUAGGCAUGAUGUUGGCAAUCGCCUUCCUGCUGCUGGUGCUGAUCCUGGUGUGCAUAGUGAAGCGCAACCGCGGAGGCAAGUACGCCGUCCAUGAGAGGGAGGCGGCUCACGGUCGUCACGACUACCCCGACGAACCAGGGUUCAUGGAGUACUCGCAGCCUUUGGACAACAAGUCGCACGGACGUGGGUCGAUGAGUAGUGACCCGAAGGCAGCUCCAGAGAGCGACACUGACUCGAUGGCCGAGUACGGUGAAGGAGACACAGGACGUUUUACCGAAGACGGCUCGUUUAUCGGGCAGUACGGACCAAACAACGGUAAAAAGAAACAGGAAGAGCAGCCUUCUCCUUCCGCCAUUGCUACCUAUGUGUAGUAAACGUUAAAAUACCAAAAAACAAAACAAUGAAUUAACUCUCAGCCAAGCGAACACUCGUUUAGUGCUUUUCCUUCUCAACGAUGAAAACAUAAGAGAAACGCGCAAGUGCUUAUUCAUUAUCUUCUUCUACUACUUCACACGGCUGUUCAUUGAAUGUUUCUCUUUGUUCCUGCUUUCGAAUGGAGAAAGGUGAAAUGUGCACAAAUUUGAUCAUUUUACGAUAGCUUUAUUCCUCAUAGAACAACAACUCAGUUUCUACUUAUGUUUCAACUAGUUUAUUAUGCGGGUUCUCAACUAGUUUAUAAACUAGGUGUUUUCAACUAGUUGAUCAACUAGUUAAUCAACUACUUAUCUAAACUAGUUCAUCAACUACUUAUUUAAACUAGUUAAUCAACUGGGUUUUAUCAACUUUCAACUAGUUUGAAUUUUCAAGUGUGACUUUUAAGAAAGUAGCUAAUUCCCUCUAGUUGAAAUUUGUUGAAAAUCUAGUUUGAUCAACUAAAUGAAGCACACACACAAAUCUGACUAAAUAGAGGUAAUACCUUGUAGCAAUAAUAAGUUUUAACCGUUCCGCCCUAUUGAUUUGUUAUGAUAUUUUAUCGUGAAUGGUUGUUUUACUUGGUUGUUGUUUUUAUAUGGCAGCUCCUUCGAUUGGGUGGGUGUGUGUGCGCGUGAGUCAGCAUAAAGACUGAUGUUAUUUUUAUGUUUGACGUAAUUUUCUAAGUUUUUUUAACUCUGUUGACGUUUUGUCUACGUAACUAACGUUUUUAACUUAUGGUUCCAGUUUGUUUUACUAUAAGUAUUGUUUUCGUUUGUUAAUCACUAAUUAAAAAACGGAAUGUGAAAGGAGACAAUAGACCUUAACAUUUACAUUUCCUAAAUCUAGUUUCAUAAAUUACAUAAAAAUAGAUUAUGUUUUUAUAUCUACUGGACCAUUGAACCUAUAGAUUUAAUCGUAAAUUAAAUUUAAUAAGUAUUAUUCAACAAAUGAUUCUUGGUGAUUGAACUCAUUCAUUGACAGCAGUUAAGUCUAUUGUAGAGUUAGCGUGUCUGUUCAUCACAUGCUGUCAUCUUCAUAUGAACUGUACUAAUUGCAUAUUAAUAUAUUAUUGCCUUAAAGUAUUGAUUUCUUAACAAAACAUUUUAUGUAUUUUUUUAACUUCCAGUUUUUUACAGUAUUUUUUUAUUCGACUUGUUGUCUAUGUUUUAACUCUGUUCAAGUGUUUUAUUAAUAUCAGUAAUUAAUUAUAUUUAUUCUAUUUUAUUGGAUAAUCUGAACGUAUAUUUUCCAAGUGUGAGAUGAUAUAAUAAUAUAUGUGAAAUACUGCCAUUACCUAGCAUAAUCAAUCUCCUAGUAGGCUAUUUUACACAAGUGACCAUUUUAGAGUGUUGGAGUGAAAUAAACAGACGCUCGCACGCACACACACCCGAGUGAUUGAAUCCUCGUGUAAAAUAAUGGAAACAGCUUAGCAUCACACAUUUUUAAGAACUGUGCGUUCGUAUGUUACAAAUUAUUAUAAGCAUCGUAAAAAGAACAUUGUCAAACUGAUUUUUAUAAUAAUAUAGUAAUAUAAUGUAAGAUCGUUGUCUAUUAGUUAGCUAUUAGAAAUUUUGAACUGACAUUUUCAUUUUAACAAUAAUAAUUCGCAACGUAGUUUUAAUGAAAUUAAUAAUUCAUUGUUGUCAGUGCUUAAGUGUUUGUGAAAGUGCUACUACUAACUACGACUCCAUCUUGUUUUUCUAAAGAGAGAUGAAAAUCAGGGGAAAAUCUCAAGGAACUGAUUUUGGAAAAUUUCAAGCGAAAUAUUGUGGACUAGAGAUUCGGCUUUUUAUGCGUUUAAUUUUGGCACGCUUUCUAUUGUGUGAUUAUGAUGAUGAUGCACAUUAUGAUUAUUAUUAAUAUAUAUUUUUAUUAAUAGUAUUAGUAAUAUUAUUGUUGUUGGGUGUUGAGAUAACGUUGUUUGAUUUGGAAACUAGAAAUUUGAAAAUUUCAAAGUUGGAAAUCUGAAAUCGAAAGUGUAAUCAAACAACAGGUUAAGGCUAUGAAAUAGGUUGGCUAUGAAAGCCUUUUCGGGAAAAUAGGGAUAUGGAUAUGUUAUUGUAUAUUUGUUUACAAUCAGUUGAUAUUGUAUCGAUAAUUGUAAAGUUUUUGUCACAAAAAGACAGAGUAGACAGUCAGAAUGCAUUCGUUUCAAAAGAUCUGAAAAGCAAGUAAUAGAUUUAUGAUAUUUUCAGUGUUUUUAAUUUAAAAUAGAACUGAAUCUCUGUCUUGCAAUCUCAUUAAUUAAUAAGAUGCUAUCAAUUUAAUUUGUGAAUUCAUAUCUUCAAAUCUUAUAAAUCCAAUGAAAUGAAUUGAAUAAAGGCGAUCAUAUAAGACAAUAAAAUGGAGAAAAUUGAUAAUAUAUGUACUGAUAACUUUUAUAUUGUUGAUCAUACUUAAAGUCCUUAUCACUUAUAUCACAAAAUGGUGAUGCUUUUAAUAAUAUUUAGUCUUUCGACAGUAGAAUAGAUUUGAUUUCUCCUACAUUUAUCUCAGUAAAUGAUAUUUAAAAUUUAUUCUGAACUUUCAUAUUUAUUGACACAAUCUGAUGUUGAUAUCUAUGUUAAAUUCAAUAAAUUUUCCUUUGAUAAAAAAAUCCUGAUUCACAGCUAUCAGAGGUAACUACUUACUUCUACCCAAGUAGUAUAUGCCUACUUACUACUUUUAACAUGAUUAGAAAUAUCAAGAUUAUUAAAUAGAAGCUUAUCUUAUUAUGAUACUAUCUUGAAUAAAUGAGUUAAAAACCUCAAUUAUUUGUAUGAUUGGAUUAAGUUGUAUUAUCAUUAAGAUGGAAAUUGACUCUGUUCUAUUGUGAAUAUUGUGAUUUUGAUUAUUUAUUAAAUAUCUAUGGUUAUUAACCAUAAAUAUCAUGAUAAACAUUGAUAAAAUCAGACAUUGAGAAUGCAAGGCAGACGUUCAAUGAUGAUCUUUUGAAUUAAUUUUAUCACCUAGUACAUAGAUUAACAAGUAUAAUGUCUAAUUAAACUUUUUUAUAUUUUUUUUGUAAUAGUAGACUUUUAGAAUAUUAGCUUACAUUCAUCACAUCUUAUCCAAACUUUUUGAGUUUUUUUUGUGAUUUGGUAUAAACUUGUCAAUCAUUAGUGUGUAUUGUUCAACAAGACAAUAAAACAGAAGAAUGAUUGAUGAAAAUAAAAAGUCAAUUUUUUCAAUUUUACAAUCUAUUUUAAUAUGUUUAUUUUUUAUAAUUUGAUAAUUUGCUUGCUAUUUUUCUAUUCAGAGGUAUUUACUUUCUCUAUUUAUUAUUGAUAUCAAGUACUCGCUAUCUGCCUGUCUCUCUCUAUCUCUCACACGAUUUAGUAAACGUUCUUGUGUUAACAAUAUUUUUCCACUAUUGUC